GCGUGGUAGAGACCUCGCAUCGCUCCCCACCCGUCGUCACCCGUGCCGUAGCCUCACGGGACUCUUCCCCCUUUAAAUCCCCCUCCCCUCCCGUCUCCUCCUCCACUCAUCCAAUCCUCCCUGCCAAGCGACCCCAAGAAAGUUUCCGAUCGAAUCGAAGCCAAGGCCUUCUCGCCCACCUCCAAGAUGCAGAUCUUUGUGAAGACCCUCACCGGCAAGACCAUCACCCUUGAGGUCGAGUCCUCUGACACGAUCGACAACGUCAAGGCGAAGAUCCAGGACAAGGAGGGCAUCCCUCCGGACCAGCAGCGCCUCAUCUUCGCUGGCAAGCAGCUUGAGGACGGUCGCACCCUUGCUGACUACAACAUCCAGAAGGAGUCCACCCUCCACCUGGUGCUCCGCUUGCGUGGUGGCAUGCAGAUCUUCGUCAAGACCCUCACCGGCAAGACCAUCACGCUCGAGGUCGAGUCUUCAGACACCAUCGACAACGUCAAGGCGAAGAUCCAGGACAAGGAGGGCAUCCCUCCGGACCAGCAGCGCCUCAUCUUUGCUGGCAAGCAGCUUGAGGACGGCCGCACCCUCGCUGACUACAACAUCCAGAAGGAGUCCACCCUCCACCUGGUGCUCCGCCUCAGGGGUGGCAUGCAGAUCUUCGUCAAGACCCUCACCGGCAAGACCAUCACCUUGGAGGUCGAGUCUUCAGACACCAUCGACAACGUCAAGGCGAAGAUCCAGGACAAGGAGGGCAUCCCCCCGGACCAGCAGCGCCUCAUCUUCGCCGGCAAGCAGCUUGAGGACGGCCGCACCCUUGCUGACUACAACAUCCAGAAGGAGUCCACCCUCCACCUGGUGCUCCGCCUCAGGGGUGGCAUGCAGAUCUUCGUCAAGACCCUCACCGGCAAGACCAUCACCUUGGAGGUCGAGUCUUCAGACACCAUCGACAACGUCAAGGCGAAGAUCCAGGACAAGGAGGGCAUCCCCCCGGACCAGCAGCGCCUCAUCUUCGCCGGCAAGCAGCUUGAGGACGGCCGCACCCUUGCUGACUACAACAUCCAGAAGGAGUCCACCCUCCACCUGGUGCUCCGCCUCAGGGGUGGCAUGCAGAUCUUCGUCAAGACCCUCACCGGCAAGACCAUCACCUUGGAGGUCGAGUCUUCAGACACCAUCGACAACGUCAAGGCGAAGAUCCAGGACAAGGAGGGCAUCCCCCCGGACCAGCAGCGCCUCAUCUUCGCCGGCAAGCAGCUUGAGGACGGCCGCACCCUUGCUGACUACAACAUCCAGAAGGAGUCCACCCUCCACCUGGUGCUCCGCCUCAGGGGUGGCAUGCAGAUAUUUGUUAAGACCCUCACCGGCAAGACCAUCACGCUUGAGGUCGAGUCAUCCGACACCAUUGACAACGUGAAGGCGAAGAUCCAGGACAAGGAGGGCAUCCCACCAGACCAGCAGCGCCUCAUCUUUGCUGGUAAGCAGCUUGAGGACGGCCGCACCCUCGCUGACUACAACAUCCAGAAGGAGUCCACCCUCCACCUGGUGCUCCGCCUCAGGGGUGGUAUGCAGAUCUUUGUCAAGACCCUCACCGGCAAGACCAUCACCUUGGAGGUCGAGUCUUCGGACACCAUUGACAACGUCAAGGCGAAGAUCCAGGACAAGGAGGGCAUCCCCCCGGACCAGCAGCGCCUCAUCUUUGCCGGCAAGCAGCUUGAGGACGGCCGCACCCUCGCUGACUACAACAUCCAGAAGGAGUCCACCCUCCACCUGGUGCUCCGCCUGCGUGGUGGCAUGCAGAUCUUCGUCAAGACCCUCACCGGCAAGACCAUCACGCUCGAGGUCGAGUCUUCAGACACCAUUGACAAUGUGAAGGCGAAGAUCCAGGACAAGGAGGGUAUCCCACCGGACCAGCAGCGUCUGAUCUUUGCUGGUAAGCAGCUUGAGGAUGGCCGCACUCUGGCGGACUACAACAUCCAGAAGGAGUCCACCCUCCACCUGGUGCUCCGUCUCAGGGGUGGUAUGCAGAUCUUCGUGAAGACCCUCACCGGCAAGACAAUCACGCUCGAGGUCGAGUCUUCAGACACCAUCGACAAUGUGAAGGCGAAGAUCCAGGACAAGGAGGGUAUCCCACCAGACCAGCAGCGCCUCAUCUUUGCUGGUAAGCAGCUUGAGGAUGGCCGCACUCUGGCGGACUACAACAUCCAGAAGGAGUCCACCCUUCACUUGGUGCUCCGCCUCCGUGGUGGCCAGUAAGUGCCUGGCCAUGGAGCUGCUUAUGUCUCUGGGCUCACGAGUCGGUUGUCUUUCUGUGUACUCCGUUGUGAUUGUCAGCGUGUCCUCGUCUGGUCUUGUUCUUUGUUGCUACCGUGCUGUGGUCUAGCGUUAUAUCUGGCUGUGUCUGAACUUUAUGCUGUGCUGCAGCAGAUUUGGAUGAACUUGAAUGAAUAAAUGAGCCCUGAACGUGUGCCUGUUUU